CCUAUUCAAGGUCGUCACGAGUAACACUAUAACGACAUUCAUAAGGAGCCUCACAGGAUUGUUGCGUUCUCUCCAAGGUGCACGUCACCGGACCAUCAAUAAAGACCAAUCUUGACGCAACACUAUACAAUACCAUGUCCCCACCAACCAAGGGUGACCUGGAUGCAAGACAUGACAGCCACUCCAAUCCCAACGGCAACACUCAUUCACCAUCUUCCAAUGACCUGCAAAACACUCCCCUAGACGCAUAUCCCUUUCCACAAGUGCCUCCAGACACAACCACAAACCACAACCACCACGACAUCAACCCUGCGACCACAAUCGCCACAAAACCAUACGAAGAACUAGAAGUCCACAUCCAUCAGGCACCAUCUCUUCGUCAUAGAAAAGUCCGCACAUGGCUCUCCCAUCGCUUCGCAAUGCUCCACAAAUUACCUUGUCUGCGCUCCAAACCGUCUAUCCCAGUAACUCCCGAAUCUCCCGGACCUACCCCACGUGCAGUAAUCCCCUCGCCCCUGAUUUCAGCAAAGGCCUCUCCACCAGAGAGUCCACUCAGGGAAAGAGGAAGAGCAAGAGCAAGAGCAAGAGCAAGAGCAAGAAAAAGCAGACCAAUAACAAUCUAUGAUGAUGGACGUGGUGAUUGGAGGGAUUAUGCCUAUCUCUAUACUGGUGAGAUUUAUUUCUCAAAGUCUCAAUUGGGGUUGGAGAGUCGUAGGCAAUCUGUGGUUGUUGGUGAUCUUGAAGAUUCUCCUAUACAUGACAGUGCUCCAGUGGAGCAGGCCGCAGAUGAGCUGAGCGCUGGACACGCCAAUGUCGAGGAGUCGCACUCGCCAGAAAUUGAAGUUGACGGUGAGGAUGCCACGGUCGAGCGAGAUGUGGGAGAGUAACGAGGUUACGAAGACAGUGGCGACAACGCAACGACGAGGGAAGGACCAGCUGCCAUGACAACGACCGCGAAGACGGACGCGGUGGAGAAUAUUGUUGCCAUAAGUAUCGCGGUUGUAGUAACGCAGGAGAUGCUUGUGGACACGUUUAGCGGCAGCGCAUGACCAUGGCUGAUUGAAUAAGCUUGAGUAAUCAGAGAUUGGAGUAUUCGACGCGCAU